UAACGCCGGAAUUUCAACUCCAAUUCACUUGACUGACUUCAUUGCUUUCUCUUCUUGGUCCGAGUUUUACUUUACAGAGUAGAUUACGGAUACAUAUAGUCCAUGCGCCUUCCAAGUCUUGACACUGAGGUGUGACUUGAACCUCAAACUCCGGAAGAUUAUUCUCUCUCAAGUCGCCCCUGUCACUGCACAUUAUCUGAAGUGCUCCCAAACUACUCGUCCUAGUUUAAUUACGAGACGGUGUUAAAUCCUUCUUCACAAUGAACGCACCAGACCGCUUCGAGCUCUUCCUCCUCGGCCCCGGGGAGAAGAAGAUCGAUGAGCGUCCCGUUGCCGCCAUGGCCAACACUUCGGACUUCCUCAUCAAGAAGGAGGACCAUACCUUGGGCAAUCUCCUCGCUGAGCAUCUCAAGAUGCAUCCUCAGGUUCUGAUGGCUGGCUACAAGGUCUCGCAUCCCAACGUCCCGGAGAUGUUCGUCCGCGUCCAGACCAACGGGGAAAUCACUCCCAAGGAAGCCGUCGUUAGCGUCCUCAAGGACUUGCUGAAGAUGUUCUCCAACCUCUCGCAGGAGUUCAUUCGAGAAUUUGAACUCCGUCGCGUCGUUGAGGCUCGUCGCAAUGAUGACGCCAACCCUGGCCAGGGCUAGUCUCUCCUUUGUUUUCCGGCCGUUGCAUUCUCCCCCUUGGGUACCUGGUAUACGGACAACUUUACACGGCGUUCGGGGUGUUCAGUGGCCUGGCAAGGCCGCGAGGGAACAUGUGCAUCUUUGCUACUUCAUUGCUUCGUCGGAGACUGUGCUUCUUAUAAGUCAGAGAGAAAGUCCGGAACUUCAGCUGUGACCUCAGGGACGUAGCAUGGCAUGAAAUUUACAUCAAGCUCCCGCAUGGAUUCUCUGGAACGUUUGGCGUGGUCAUAAUCAUAAAAUAGCCUGCCUGAGUCUUAACCUCAUGUCGGACGCCCCCCGAAGCACGCCCUGACGGACCAUAGAAGCCUACAUGUCAGAAACAUGAUACGGCGAUCGGCUUGAGAUACCUUCGACCGAUAGUUACCAAGGUCUCUGAAGCCGCCAUCAUACCCACCGAUUACUCGAAAAGAAUCUUGUUUCUCAAGAAACCGGCC